GUCACCUGAGCAGGAAUCAUAAGGAUAGUUAAUGUUUACAACAAAACCAGUUUGUUUAGAUAUGUGUUUUCAUCGCACACUGUACAUGUAUUACCGAUGAUCAAGCUAUUGUAUUUUCCUGCAAAGACGAGGAAUGAACGACCACGUCAAAUAGAAGGAAACCUACUUCCCAUCUAGCUAGCUAGUAUGGUGCCUGUGAAGCCCCAUGUUGGUGUUCCUCUUUCCUGAACCGGUCUGCACAGCAACUCCUAGAGCCAACGUGCCUUUCCUGGGGUCGACCUGGAUUGUUGGACAGUGUUUCUCAUUAUCCACUGACACGGUUUCAGAUUCCUGCCUGUUCCGAGUCAGAAAGUCCAAAACUCUGAAGAAUCCUGUAUUAGGAUUUCCAGAUGGUGUGGGUGUUCAUCAUGAACCGGAUGGGUUCUCAGGGCAGCACGGUGGCCCAGCAGAGACGCAUGGCCCUGGGGGUGGUCAUCCUCCUGCUGGUGGAUGUCAUCUGGGUGGCUUCCUCUGAGCUCACCUCAUACAUAUUCAAGCGGCAGGAGUACAACAAGCCCUUCUUCAGCACGUUCACCAAGACCUCCAUGUUUGUGCUGUACCUGCUGGGGUUCCUGCUGUGGAGGCCAUGGAGGCAGCAGUGCACGGGCAGUCUCCGGGGACGACACGCUGCCUUUUUUGCUGAUGCCGAGGCCUACUUUACCCCCUGUAUCAACGACACCAGUUUGAAUGACCAUACCCUAAGUGAACCCCUGUACGUUCCUGUGAAGUUUCAGGACCUUCCCACAGAACAGACAAACUGUGCCAAUGGAGACUGUGAUUCCACCUCUAAAAAACAGCGGGUGCGCUUCAGCAACAUCAUGGAGGUGCGCCAGCUCCCAUCUACACAGGCCCUGGAAGCCAAGCUGUCCCGUAUGUCCUUCCCCGCCGCCAAGGACCAGGAGUCCAUGCUCCGCACUGUGGGCAAGCUCACCGUCACCGACGUGGCCAAGAUCAGCUUCUUCUUCUGUUUUGUGUGGUUCCUAGCCAACCUCUCCUACCAAGAGGCCCUGUCUGACACUCCGGUUGCCAUAGUGAACGUUCUGUCCUCCACUUCAGGUCUCUUCACCCUCAUCCUGGCGGCCGUAUUUCCCAGUAACAGCAGUGACCGCUUUACUCUGUCCAAGCUUUUAGCUGUGGCUCUGUGCAUGGGAGGAGUGGCCCUGGUCAGUUUUUCCAGCAUGGACAGCCCCGACGGGAAAGGUGCUACAGGCUCCCUGUGGUCGGUGGCUGGGGCUGCGCUGUACGCGGUCUACAUCGUCAUGAUCAAGAGGAAGGUGGACCGGGAGGACAAGCUGGACAUCCCUAUGUUCUUUGGAUUUGUGGGGUUGUUCAACCUGCUCCUCCUAUGGCCAGGCUUCCUUGUGCUUCACUACACAGGCUUUGAGGCCUUUGAGCUGCCCAGUAAGCUAGUGUGGACCUACAUCCUCAUCAACGGCCUCAUCGGCACUGUGCUCUCCGAGUUCCUCUGGCUCUGGGGCUGCUUCCUCACCUCCUCCCUCAUAGGCACUCUGGCCCUCAGCCUCACCAUCCCACUGUCGAUCAUAGCAGACAUAUGCAUGCAGAAGGUGAGUUUCUCCUGGCUGUUUUUCGCUGGAGCGGUUCCCGUCUUCCUCUCCUUCUUCAUCGCCACUCUGUUAUGUCACUACAACAACUGGGACCCCGUCAUGGUGGGGCUACGAAGAGUGUUUGCCUUCAUAUGCCGCUCGAAACAUCGGAUUCAAAGAUUGCCAGAGGACAGUGAACAGUGUGAAAGCCUUAUUCCCUUACACACUGUCUCCCAUGACAACGAAAGCUUCAGCUCGUGAUCCACCAGCCAGUCACAGGAUCGUGAAUACAGUGCGGAGCGGCAUGCUGAAGUGACAAUCUUGAAGCAACCAAUCAGAGACUUUGAACUAUGUCCAGUGCCUCUUAUUCAAACGAUUUAUUCUCUGCAGUGUGGAGUUGACGUUCCAUCUCUACAAGAUGAACUCUUUUUACUUUGUACAGUGUUGAUGCGACUCGUCGUUGACUGAGAUUGUGUGUUUUGCUGUGUUGGAUGUGUAAAAAUUAAAACUUGAUGGUACUGAAGGUGCCGGCCUUUUAUCAAUGAUUAAUUAUGGCCACUUCAAUUGGUACACGUUUAAAUAAAGGGACAGAGUGGUUUCAUAAGGAGAAGAGCAAGGUUGUUAUUCCAGCGGCAGAAAUUUCUAACAAUGAAAGGGUCGCUGCUUGUUCACAGGAGUAGGUUUGGGAGCAGGAAAAAUGAAUUAUCGUUAAUGUAGAAAUAGUAUGGGUGGAACAAGUUGGUCAUGGAUUUGAUCAUCAGGCUAUUAGGUGACUUACACAUCUGAUGUAGAGAUCUGGGCGUAUUCACAAAUGGUCACAGAGUUAAAGUAUUGAUAAAGGAUUAGUUUUGCCUUUUAGAUCAUAGUGAAUAAGGAUUUAUCGACAGGGAGGAUCUGUCCCUUGAUCAGCACUCUGAGACACAGAGUAGCAGUUCCUGUGAACAAGCAAUCUCAGAUAAGGAGACGGCAUUACAGCCUAUGAACUACCGCAUUUGAUUUCUCCCCCAUAUUCUAAAUCUCUCCAUCUCUGGCCCCUGGCAGCCAGGUAAUGCUGGAUCAUGAAGGCAAACUGUGAUGAAGCCUUUUGUAUGUGUUAGAAUGGGAACUGACAUUAACCCCUCGACUAAGCUAAGCUGCUCUACAGAAGUUAUAAUGCUGUUGCCUUUCCAACCGAAAACAGUAACCAUCUCAAAACAGGUGUAAAUACUGUACUACGCCAUGAAAUUCGAAUGACGUAUUCUUUCUUUAGUUUGUAUUUUGAAAAAUGACUACUACAAAGACCCUCUGAGUAUCUAGCCUUUUUGUUCUUUAAAGUCUUGACUGUUAUGACACUAAAAAGGAUUUAAGACAGACCAAGUACAUGGAUUUUCCAGAAGCACUAUUUUUCAUCCAAUUAGAUUCCCAUAGUCUUAAAGAGAAAAUGUUAACACUUCGGGGUGUGUUGCAGAGCCACGAAUGGGGACCUGAUUUGAUUAAAUAUCUUUCACCUGUUGAAAACUGACAAUUCUAUGCUAUAAUAGAGUUUCUAUGUCCAACAAUUGUAUUUUAGACACAUUUUGUUUGAUCAGUACAUGAAAUGAAAAUCAAUCACCCACUCACCCUUAUUCUAUUGAUGAUUUUAUUUGACUUAAACACAUGUUUGAUCAGUUAAAGUGAACUGUCUCUUCUGUAACCCUUGAUGUACACCAUGACAAAGGGCAUGUUAUCAUGUUAUUCCAACAGCUGUCAACCUAUGUACAGAACUUUAUGGAGUGUUUGCCCGGCACCCAUUGUGGAAGACAUUUUAUGACUUGAGCUAACUGCAGGAAGUAAUAACUUGCCCUGUAAAGUGAAAAAAACUUCAGCCCCUCAAGUGCAGGUUUAACCUUUGUCCAACUCAGUUGUUACUUUCACAUUGUAAAAAAAUAAACAAGAAUCUACCCUA